AUGGCCACUAUAGUUGCUAUAAAUCGAAAGAAGGGCUCGCUAAAAGCCCAGCUAACUAGAAUAGAGACUGUCAUAGCGGAUAGUACCAGCACAUGGACUAAAAUCAAAAUAGAUGCCAAGCUCAAGGCCUUGGAAAAGAUGUCUGUUGCAUUGGACACACUUCGAUCAGAAUAUUAUAUUGCUGUGCCUGAAAAGGAUGAUACUUCUGAAUUAGAAGAGGAAUUAUUAGAUCUAGAAGCAAGAAUCGACGAUCUAGAGGUAAGUUUCAAUCAAAUGUUAAUUGAUAAUGUUGCUAAUAUUAAUAAGGUUGAUAUCGCAAAGAGAAGUUGUAAAAUAAAGUUACCUGAAAUUCCACGUCCGCAAUUUAGCGGAAAGUAUGAAGAAUGGAGCAUGUUUAAAAUUGAAUUUAAUAAUAUUAAUUAUGUUACCUCGAAUACUCAAUUAACAGAUGCACAAAAGCUACAUUAUCUGUAUGCCGCUCUUAAGGGAGAAGCAAAAUUUUUGCAAACUCAGGAAGAUACUUUUGAAUCAUUAUUUAGGGCUUUAGAAAAUCGUUUCGAAAACAAGAGAAUUCUUGUUAAUAUUCACAUUAAAGCUAUUUUAGAAUUCGAAAAAAAUUAUUCAUGA